AUGUCUCAAAACGUAGAUAUCACCAUGGCCAACGGCCUACCCAAAGGUACUUCCCUGCACCACUCACAUGAAUGUGCUAGAGCCAUUGCUAACACUGGUGGAGGCAUCGAACUCCCAACGUUUCCGGUGGAGAUAUGGGUCGACCGCCCGAAGGGCGAAUCUCUAGACGACAAGGACGACGAGGACGACGAGGACGACGAGGACGACGAGGACGACGAGGACGACGAGGACGACGAGGACGACCAGCUUCUGCUGAUCCUCCGCUAUAGGCGGGAGGCCUUGCUCGCGCUAGUCAACUCCGUGUGGGUUGACCAGCUCGGGCAGGUCGUGUAG